UGUUUAAGGUUUGAUGUGGCUGCCUGGUCAUCUACCCCUCACCCUGUGCCCUUGUGUAUCCCUGACCUGUGCAAAAGGAACAGACUCAGUAUCGAACCUGCUGGGACACCUAGCAGAUUUCGUUUCUAUCCCUUGGCUGAACACGGACUACUGGAAGGCAGACCCUAGCUGCAGGUAUGCAUCUCUUUCUACUGGUACUUGUAAGCCUUGUAGGCUUGAGUUUCUCUCAAACACAGUAUCCUGAUGUCUGCACAGCUAAAUCCAAAGAUAUCCCUCUGAGUCCACUCUGUGUAUACCGGAAACCGGCAGAGAAAGAAGAAAAUAAGCAGAAAGACCCCACAACACCUGAAGAGAAGGUCCCUGAUGCUACCAACCCCAGGGUCUGGGAGCUCUCUAAGGCAAAUACCAAGUUUGCAAUGGAUUUCUACAAAAUUGUGGCUGACUCUAAAGCCGAUUCUGAAAACCUCUUCAUGUCCCCUUUAAGCAUUUCCCAAGCGUUUACCAUGACAAAACUGGGAGCGUGCGAAAACACCUUGAAGCAACUCAUGGAGGUCUUUCGGUUUGAGUCAAUUUCUGAAAAGGCCUCGGAUCAGAUUCAUGUAUACUUCGCAAAACUAAAUUGCCGCCUCUACAGAAAGGCAAAUAAAUCAUCGGAGCUGGUAUCAGCUAACCGUCUUUUUGGCGAUAAGUCUCUGACCUUUAAUGACACAUACCAAGAAAUCAGCGAGAUAUUUUAUGGCGCCAAGCUUUGGCCUCUAAAUUUUAAGGAUAAACCUGAAGAAUCCCGUGAAAUUAUAAACAAUUGGGUGUCCAAUAAAACUGAGAAACGUAUCACCGACGUUAUUCCAGAGGGCGCCAUCACCCCCUUAACUACAUUGGUGCUUGUAAACGCCAUCUAUUUUAAGGGCCAGUGGAAAUCUAUGUUUGAUCCGGAAAACACAAAAUUAGAUUUAUUCUAUCGGCCAUGGACAAACGAAACCUACAGUGUUCCCACUAUGUACCAGGAAGGGCUAUUUCGCUAUGGAUCAUUUAAGAAAGAUGGAAUUCAAAUCCUUGAACUGCCUUACAAAGGAGAUGACAUUUCUAUGGUUUUCAUUUUGCCAUCACAUGACACUCCAUUGGAGGUCAUAGAAAAGGAUAUUACUUUGGAGAAAUUAACCAACUGGCUCGAUAAGUCUCAUCUUGUACAGACAUCAGUUCAUAUCCCCAGAUUCAAAAUUGAGGGAGCUUUUAGUGUCAAGGAAAGUCUGGAAAAAAUGGGUCUGGUGGACCUCUUUGACCCAAAUAAUGCUAAGCUUCCAGGAAUUGUUGCUGGUGGGAGAACUGACCUUUAUGUAUCUGAUGCAUACCAUAAGGCCUAUUUAGAUGUUAAUGAGGAAGGCAGCGAAGCAAGUGCAGCUACGGCUGUGGUGGUGACUGGCCGAUCAUUGAACAUGAAUCGAAAUGUGUUUAGAGCCAACCGGCCUUGCCUUCUCUUAAUUCGAGAAGUAUCAUUAAAUGCAGUUAUAUUUAUGGGUAGAAUGUCGGACCCAGGUCAAUAAUACAUUCAAUAUAUAAUAUUACUGUUAUGUAAUGAACAGUGAGUAUAAUUUCUAUCUCACUUAUUAGCCCCAACUAAUAGAACAGGUUACAGUAAUAAAUGUAUACAUUAUUAUUAUCAUUAUACAAAAGCUUCAGUAAUAUCUUGCAACCACAACUCUAACUGAACGUAGGCAUGUUUGCCUGCUAAAGGCAUACAAUUUAAAUCAUUCUGUUUAAAUGCAACAGAGUGCUUUUUCUUCUGACAUUUUUUUUUAUUCAUACUUUCAUACUAGUGCCAUUUUUAAUAAUUACACACCAUGUUUGUUUUUUUCUUUCCUUCAAAUCCAGUUUACUGUCUUAAGUAGCAUAAAUGUAAUUUUAGUUUGAAAUAAACUGUUAUGACUUGCAUAGAAAA